AAUGAUGGGCAAUCGGAAGAAAAAUAAAACAUUCCCAAAUAAUCAAUGAAAGCAGAGGUUUCAACAAAACCUCCUACCAAAAUCCACUCCCAAUGUGUGACACUGUAAGCACUCCCCAAAAAUCAGCCGAUUACUACCAACGCUCUAAUCAGUGUGCACCCGAGCAAUGGGGGAAAAAGUGCUCUCCGCACGGAAUUAUCGAUGCAUAAUCUUACCUAGAGAAAGAUGAUUUAUAAAACACGGCUAAAAAAGCGGUCCACGCCGGCGAGUCUACAGAAUAAUUGCCACAUAAUCAACGGUACAUAAAAACACGACCCCAGUACAAAUUCCAUGAUACCGGCGGGAGGCACUCGGAGAAGCCGAUCGAGCUGCUGGGCCGUCUACGUUGCCUUGGAAUCAAUCGAAAAAGUUAACAGAAAAUGGACAUUUCGGCUGCUCGCCUGAUAAGCCCGGUACACGAUCCAACGAUCUCUCUCUGUCUCUUUCUCUCUUUCUAUAUCUCUCUCCUUCUCUUUCCUUUUCUCACUCUCGACUAGCAGGAUGUUCAGUAGUCCUGUGUGGAGCGGGCUAGUAGUCUGUGACCAACAUCCAACCAGACAAGUGGGCCCGUACAGAGUACGCAGCCCGAUCUCCUGUCGUUGUAGUUUUGCUGAAACUUUUGUUUUCCUAUUUAAACGGAACAUUUUUUUUUUGUCAACGUGUGUGAACGACGAAACUUCGCUCUAUUGCGGAUCAAUUCGUCUGAAGUGAAUUUGUUUGUUUGUGUUACUCAUACAACGGAAAAAUGGACGAUGUUUCUGUUACGCAUCUAAGCUGUGUGUUGGCUCUGUGGCGAUCGUUUGAGUGUGUGAUGUGGUGACUGCUUUUCAAGGUUCAAUGAACGGGAUUAGUUUUUAAUAGCUCAGUUAAUGUAUUACAAACAAAAAAACACUACAGCAUGUAUAGGUUACCACGACAACGAUGGUAGUGACAUAUGAAGGAUCGAAAAUGUGGAGACCGUCCCUUAUCCUUAAGAACAAACUUUAAGUAGAGGGAUUGUAAAUUAGUUAAACAUUUCUCAGUUUUUGGCACGCGAGAAAUCAUAAUCCCCCGAGUGUAAUGUCUGCACGGGAAACGGUCGUCUCGACCGCCGUGUGCUGCACUGUUGAUAACCUCGACGGUAUGCCAGGCGUAACCGUAGCUCAGCACGAAGUUGCCGCCGCCGCCGCCGCCGACGACGUUACCCUAAUCUGGCAGAACUUGACCAUUACGCCCAUCCGCAGCAAGCCCGGUGCUGGGGAGCAGCAUCCGGUACUGAACGACAUAAGUGGCACCUUGCAGCCGGGCACGCUGGUGGCCCUCAUGGGACCGAGCGGGGCCGGCAAGACCACGCUCAUGUCCGCCCUAGCGUACAGGAUGAGCGACAAAAUGACAAUUGCCGGCGAUAUUCGCGUCAACGGAUGCCCGAUCGGACCGUACAUGUACAACAUCAGCGGAUACAUCUAUCAGGACGAGCUGCUGCCGGACUCGAUCACCGUGCAGGAGCAUCUGCAGCUGAUGGCCAACCUGAAGCUCGGCAAGAGCGUGACGGCCGAGCGGAAGCGCGCCAUGAUCGCGAACAUACUCUCCCGCACGGGGCUGGAGCGGUGCGCCAACACGAAGAUCGCGGACGCUACCGGCAUCGGCAAGACGCUGUCCGGCGGCGAGAAGAAGCGGCUCGCCUUUGCGGUGGAGCUGCUGUCCAAGCCAAAGUUCCUGUUCUGCGACGAGCCGACGACCGGGCUCGACUCGUACAGUGCGCGCCAGCUGGUCGAGAUGAUGAAAUCGCUGACCCGCACCGGCACGACCGUCCUGUGCAGCAUCCACCAGCCGGCGGAGAAGCUGCUGUACGAGUUCGACAGCCUCAUCCUGCUGACCGGCGGGCGGACCGGGUUCAUCGGCGCACCCUCCGAGGCGGUCCAGUUCCUGCGGUUGCAGGGUUUGGAGUGCGAGGCCGGCUACAACACGGCCGACUUUCUGCUCAAGGUGCUGUCGAGUACGACGACCACCACCAGGAAGGGCAACCAGUUCACGACGGGCGCGAUCGGGCCGAAAACGAUCUGCAACAACUACAGUGCCAGCGAGGCGGCCCGCCGCCAGGAGGCACUGAUCAGCAUGGAGCUGUACCGCACGACCGUGGACAGUGGAGGGGAUGAGGCAUUUCGAAGGCGACUUACCACGAGCCGCGACCGCUGCUGGUUCUACACGCUCUACUGGCUGAUGUACCGGCACGUGCUUCAAUCGCACCGGAAUCCAAACUUGCAGUAUUUUAAGAUCGUGCAGCGAAUCGCAAUCGCGGUGCUGGUUGGACUCUGCUUUUCCGACGCGAUCGAGCUAUCGCAGCGAGGCGUCCAGGCCAUGCAGGGUGUCAUAUUCCUGAUCGUCUCGGAAAACACGUUCCUGCCGAUGUAUGCCGCCCUGUCGCUGUUUCCCGAGCGUUUCCCACUGUUUCAGCGCGAGAAGAAGGCGAAUCUCUACAGCACGGCCCAGUUCUACAUCUCCACCAUUAUGUCGAUGACACCGUUCGUUCUGCUAGAGACGUGCGCAUUCAUCCUGAUCGUGUACUUCCUAGCUAAUCUCAGACCGACGCUGCUCGGCUUGCUGGUCACCGUAGUCGUCUCCGUGCUGGUGAUGAACGUGUCGAUCGCAUGCGGGUGCUUCUUCUCCGUCCUCUUUCCGACGGUCGCCUCCGCCAUGUCGUACUUGGUGCCGUUCGAUUACAUUCUAAUGAUCACGUCGGGGAUUUUUAUCAAAAUCUGGUCUAUGCCUACAUAUUUGCAAUGGAUGCCGUUCAUUUCGUGGAUGAUGUUCGCCAGCGAGGCCAUCUCGAUCGCCCAGUGGGAUGGUGUGAAGAGUAUCGAAUGCUCCAACAUCAUUCCGAGCGUGUGUCUGCACAACGGUGAGCAAGUGCUGGAUCAGUACUCGUUCAGCCGGCAGCAUCUGAGGACGGAUCUGGUGGUGCUGGUGGGACAGUACUUUAUUUAUCAUCUGAUGGCAAUGCUGUGCCUGGCAAGGCGAGUGUCCCGCAAUUAAACGAUGCAUAGCUAUACAGUUUUAUGUUCUAUUUCUAUAAAAAAACUAACGUUAACUGUGGUUCCAAUAAAGUCUAGCCGAAAAAAAAA